CCUGUCAGGUUACACUCUCAUUCUAUGUACUAACUUUAGAGUGGACAAAUUGGCGUCAUGGACUCUCCACCGAGCGACUCUCCGAUCAGAUCGGGUUUCCAGAGAGUGGAGCUUCAAAAGACGACGUGGGAAGUCCCACAUAGAUACACGGCGCUGCUGGCAGUCGGCUCUGGUGCCUACGGAACAGUUUGUUCUGCCAUAGAUCAGAGGACCAAGGAAAAGGUGGCUAUUAAGAAGCUGUAUCGCCCUUUCCAGUCCCUCAUCCACACCAAAAGAGCUUACCGGGAACUCAGGCUGCUUCGCCACAUCAACCAUGAGAAUGUGAUAUGCCUCCUUGACGUCUUCACACCUGAUUCCUCCGUGGAGAAAUUCCAAACCUUUUAUAUGGUGAUGCCCUUUGUAGCACAGGAUCUGGGCCACAUCAUGAAGAAGCGGAGAUUAACAGAUCGCAUCAUAACGUACCUGUUCUAUCAGUUUCUAAGAGGACUUAAGUACAUUCAUUCUGCUGGAAUCAUCCACCGGGACCUAAAACCUGGUAACCUUGCUGUGAAUGAGAAUUGUGAACUAAAGAUAUUGGACUUUGGCCUUGCGAGGCAGACAGAGAGUGAGAUGACUGGUUAUGUGGUCACCCGCUGGUACCGGGCUCCAGAGGUCAUAUUCAACUGGAUGCACUACAGUCAAACAGUGGAUGUCUGGUCAGCUGCCUGUAUCCUGGCCGAAAUGAUCACCAGCCAGGUUCUCUUCCCCGGACACGACAGUAUUGAUCAAUUAAAAAAGAUCCUCUGCUUGACCGGAACACCUGACUCCUCAUUGGUAGAGAAGAUGCAGAGUAAAGAUGCACAGUCGUAUGUUCAAGGUCUCCCUGCACAAAAGAAGAAGAACUUCAAAGAGGUGUUUCCGUCCAUGGAAGAAAAUGCUGUGUCACUACUGGAGGGGAUGUUGGUGCUGGAUCCGGAAACAAGGCUGACAGCCACACAGGGACUGUCGCACCCCUUCUUAGUGGAAUAUCACGACCCAGAAAGCGAGCCCAACUCUCAGCCUUAUGACGACUCCUUUGAGAGCCUGGAACUCACCAUCGGGGAGUGGAAGAGUCUCAUUCACAUGGAGAUCAUGACUUUUGACCCUGAUGACCCCAGUAAAACUGCCAUAUAGAGUGAAGCGUCGGCACCACGCUUAAUUGAUUUUUAAUAAUCCCUUAAACAUUCUUGCCAUCAGAGAAUGACAACCUAAGAAUGUGAAUGAUUAUGAACUAGCUAUGCUCAGGCGAAUAAUAUUUUCUGAGUUGUAAGCACAUUCUAUCAAUUUAUAAGAAAACAGUAGAAGGUUGGAGGAGGUCACACAAAUAUUCCCCUUGAGGUUGGAAGUUUGGUGGAUUACAAUUGAUGAACAGUGGAAUCUUGAUUUAACGGACCCACAAACAACAGACUUCGGAUUUAACGGACCGAAUGGUAGUUUCCUAUUGGAACUCAAAAUGCCUGCUUGCAACAGACAACGUCUGUUAGUUCCAGAAUUGGUUGCUGUUGUUUACUGGUGCCACACUGAGACAACACACAGAGAAUUGAGAACUGACUCACAUUUGCAAUGCCAACCUGGGUGCAGAAGGUCUUUGAGGUAGGGAAUUUAAUUAUAUACAGGUACAUUUCAAUAAAUUAGAAUAUAUUUAUUCUAUUUGAUUGAGAUAUCAUACCUAAAUAGAUUGCGCAACAGAAGCUUGCAGAUGACUUUAGAUGUGAUUUAUCAGAUGGAAAAUGCAAUAGGAACAUGAGCCUGAGGCCUUACACAGUUCUACUACAAAUUUGAGAACAAUAAAUCAGAUCUACAAUCAUCUGCAGGCUUCUACAUUAUUUAUUUGAAAAGACAGGUUUUUCUAAUGUCUUGGCAUUCAGGCUAUGACAAGCAAUAAUGGCACUUUCAUGGCAGCAUUAGACUAUCAUAGCAAUAUUUAAAGGUAAAUUGAGGCAAACUUACAAUCAUUUACAAUAAUUUUGUACAGUUUUUUUUUCAGGCCAUGAAUAAAAGUGUUUCAAAUUAAUGGACAAACGGCUUUAACGGACAAUUUUGAUUUCUAUUAGUCCAUUGAAGUGAUGUUCCAUACCUUGCUCUGUAUUAUACCACAACAAAUCUGUGGCCAGUUCAUGAGAUACUUCACAAAAAUAUCUCAUGUUGAUUUGGUAGACUUAUUACCUUACCUCAGUGUAAUGUCUUUUGUGGCAUGGGCCAAACUAAAACCUGAUGUUGUGUUUGCUGUAAAAACAAAUAAAGUAAAAAAAAAUCAAUCAAAUGUAAGCUUGUCAGUAUUUAAAAGUCCAUCAUUUAAUAGUGAAUAAAAGUCAGCUAGCCAUUUUCCAAUCAUUAAGGGCGCUGUCCAUCUCUAUUAUACUUUAAGGGAUAAAAUAUUUGGUGUAUUUCCUGUCUUUCAUGUCUUUUAUAUAUUACAUAUUUUAUUCCAAUGCAAAUCAAAUAGGGCCAAUUAAGGGAGUAGUGGUCGUCAUAUGGGUCUUAUACUUUCACCCACUAGGGAGCAGCAUUUGAUCAAAUCAAACAAUCCGAACCAGUGCGAAAACUAUGUGUCGUUCAUUAUGCAUUCCAUCUAUUUUCUGUCGCGGGCGUACUGGCGCCUAUCCCAGCUAUCUUCGGGCGAGAGGCGGGUAAACCCUGAACGGGUCGCCAGCCAAUCGCAGGGCACAUAGACACAAACAACCAUUCAAACUCACAUUCACACCUACGGGCAAUUUAGAGUUUUCAAUUAACCUACCAUGCAUGUUUUUGUGAUUUGGGAGGAAAUCGGAGUACCCGGAGAAAACACACGCAGACAUGAGGAGAGCAUUCAACUCCACACAGGCGAAGCCGGAUUUGAACCCCAGUCCUCAGAACUACGAGGCACAUUUGCAAACCAGUCACUCAGCGUGCCGUCGUUCAUUAUGUUUUGACAAAUUAAGUUGUAUUAUGUUGUGCCAAAUCCAGUAUAGCAGGUGUGAAAAAAAUAAUUAAAAUCCUGAAUCAAUCACAGAGCUCAUAAUCCAAAGUUUGCUUCCAAUUUACAGACCAAAUACAAAAUAAUGGCAAACACUUUUCAGAACGAUGCACUACAGUGUUAAAAUGCCAACCCAUUAACAAACAUAUAGUUAGAUGAAUAUCUCUCCUACAGUGUCAAUCAAAACUCAGUUUGUUUGUCAUUUAAUAUAAUAAUUGUUCAUACAUUGGAUCUCCUUAGAUUUUGCAGGCAGGCUGUAUGGCCACUGAUUGCAUAACACAGUAAAGUAUAUGUUUUGUAACACUUGACUAAAAAUGUAAAUGUUGCAAAAUGAGAUAUAAUGUCAGAAGUUAAUCACAGGAAAACAAAUGGAAAUGCGAGAUUCAUGGUGGGGAUAGAUACUCAGAGCUAUGCCGCGCGGACAUUCAAGUCGCAAGAGGUUUUCACCAGCACAUACUGUAUUUAAUUAGGGUACCCACUAAGGUUCAAUGUUCCAGUCGCUCAUCCAGGUCGCUGCAUCCUCUUCCACAUAUAAAUACGUCUCCAUGCGAGACAAUUGUGCCACUUUUAAUGGUUGGGCCAGAAGCAUCCACUUGUGGUAUUACAAGGUUGGAUUUUCUCAAAAGCUAUUGGGGCACUUGUGGAGUGGCAUCCGAACAAAACUUUUUUUUUGAACCGUUUUGUUGUUGUUAAGAGGCGUCCAAAAACCUACAUCCACCAGCACAGGUGUCCCAAUUUUCAAUGCGCUGAUGUACGCCGGUCCACACAAUUACCAAAACUGGGUCUAGUCCAGAGUUGCAGUGCAACGCUGGAUUUGCACAAGUCACGAAAAUAGAGCCUCUUGUUUUUUAUUUUAUGACUGGAUGUGGAAUAGUUUUCUUUGCCGCAAACAAGGUUUAUUGCCCCAGGGGUUGCUUGGUUGUAGUUGCACUGUUUAUUCUAUUUCUUUUAAUUGAUGCCAUGUACGAUCUGAAAGGAUUUUACAUAUUUUAAAUUGCUGUGCUUGAGAAACUUCAAAGUAUAAAUCCAGUUCUUUCACCUCAAAUGACCUGUUCCUGAAGUGAUGUGUGACCAAGACUCAUAUACUUAUGGUAUACACAUGUCAUCUAUCUAGCAAUCUAUCUGUAGAUUCAAGUGCCUAUAUUGCUUGCAGGCUCUCGUGGUCAUAUUUGAAUGGUAUUUGGGGAUUGUAUUUCAUUGACUGACACAAUUUGAGUAAGUUACAAGUUCUUAAUUUUCUGCUAUUCCAUGCUUUAUAUUUCAAAAUAGCUUCCUACAUUUUUGAGAAAAUCCGACCUUGUAAUACUGACAAAGCAGGAUUGGAACAGACUUCAGUGCAUGAAGUCUAUUACCAGCAUUACCAGAUAACUAGCAACCCUUUACUGCUCAGUGACUGUUUUUUUUGUCAAUGUCUUUCUGUCUCCAAAGUGUCUGUUGUCGAAGAGCGGCUCCAA